AUGACGGACCCAGGCUCCAAUCCUCUCAAGAGGCCACCUACUGCCGACGACAGUCCUCUUUCCAAAAAGGUCAAGCAGGCCGAAGAGCCUGCGCAGUAUAGCGAUGCCGUUAGAAAAAAGCUGGCUUCCACGUCUCGCACGGGCCAGGCCUGUGACCGGUGCAAGGAGCGAAAGAUGAAAUGCGACACGAACCCUGUCGCUUGCGGUCCUUGCCAAAGCAAAGGUCUCAGAUGCUAUACGACCGAUCGCGUCACCGGCCACGCGCGCGAACGAGGUCAGACUGACCGCGCUGAGGGUGAACUUAUGUACCUGCGAGAACAGCUCAAUGCAUACCAGACUCGAUAUGGACCACUCAGGUCAGAUGACGCGCUGGCGAGAAGAUCAAGCAGCGAUCAGACGGCACUACAGGUUCCGUCGUUUCGCUACGUUGGGUGGCCGGCACCCGACAAUAUCGAGCCCUUGUGUAAAGGCCCGGUCAAUGGCACGAAAGUCGACAUAAUGGACGGGAUCAUAGAUGUGGCGGAUUUUGACUGCGACGUUAUGAGAGAGCCUUCUGGAGGACAGCAGGUCUUCAAUGCUUCCAGAACCUCGAUCGUGAGUACAGUGUUUGGCUAUCAACGGGUUGACGACCCAAGGUUGCCUUCCAAGAAGGAAGCCGUCGGCCUCAUCGACAGCUUCUUGGUCGUCAUGACGCAGUACUUUCCUGUUCUACAUCGGCCUACAUUCAAAGACCUAGUCAACCGCUUCUACGAUCAGCCAUCGACCGUGUCUAUACCAGAACGGGUCCAGGUAGUGUUGGCUCUGGCUACCAUGACUCAACAGCUUGCUGUCAGAAAUCACGAUCUCUUUACGGAAAUGUAUGAGAAGUCUCAUCGUCUGCUACACUACGCGCUCGGUUUCUAUCGCGAUAUAUACCACGAUACGGGCCUCAAAGCCAUGCAAGCUUUAGCGCUGUUAGUUCUCUAUUGCCGGAACCUGCCUAAGCCCGGUGUCACUUGGUCCUUCAGUCAUCAGGUGCUCGUCCGGGCCAUUGAGCUCCAGUAUCACCGCGACCCUGACAAGGCGGUCGGAUCUUUACCGCCGGACGAGAGAAGCGUAUUGGCCAAAGAGUUGAGAAAGCGCGUCUUCCACGCAGUGCUCGGAGUCUGUGUCACAACGGGGUGUCGCGUGGGACUACCUGCACCUUGGCAGUUCCAGCACCUAGAUGUGCCUCUGCCUCUGAUUAUCACUGAUGGCGAGAUCAGUGCGUCAGGUCUGGCGGCAAGUCGAAGCGGACAAUGCGACUAUCAUCCGGCAAACCAGCUCUCGAAACUAAUACCACUUCUGACAGAGCUAUACAAUUAUGUCCUGUGCGUACGGCGACCUCCAGCCGAAUAUCUCAAGACCGUCGAAGCCUUGAAUAAUAAAAUAAUGGCCUGGCGGCAAGACUGGGACGACUGCAUGAGGACGGCUCAACCACUGCAUGUCAACCUGACUGUUGCAACUCUUUUGAUGGAUCAGUGGGCUGCCGAAUACCAGCUGACUCUGCAUCACCCAGCUUGUUGUACCUCGAAUGACCCGCAAGUUCUCGAUCGGCAUCUAGAGAUCUGCCACAAGGCUGCGCGGCGACUACUGUCGACCUUCCAUACUCUCUCCAAGGAUUACAAAGGCGUUGAUUUCACAUGGCAUUCAACAGGCCCAUUUGCAAUGGGUUUCGGUAUCACACUUUACUAUUACAGAAGACGUCUGGCACCUGUCUCCAAGGAUCAGUUCGAGACCAUAUGCAAUGAGAUCAAGGGAUGGUUAUCACUGGUGGCAUAUGCUGACGUGGUGAUGAAGACAAACAACCAUUUACAGCAUAUCUUCCGACCCCGUGCUCAAGCAAUUGAGAACGAGUACAGAAAGAUGGUCAUCGAGUCGUCGGGGCUCACGCCCAACAGCACAUUCCAAGCGGUCAAUGGUACCGCCCAAAAGUCACAGAUCAAAGCUGAGCCAAGCCCACAAGCUAUGUCAGGUGGAAGGACAUUGAAUGGACCGUCGCCGACAACAGGCCAACCCAGUCCGUUCGCGCCACCUCCACCUACACCACCAUUCAAUUCAGCACCGGGCACAAUGCCUGGUACUGGGCAAUGGCAACAGUCAAUGAGCAACAUGCAUUUUGCUCAGAAUGCUUCGGUGAUGCACGGCUAUUCGACGUAUACCCAGGCUCCUCCUGUGCAAAUGACGCAGAGCUCGCAUCCGCACCCGGAUCAGCAAUACCAAUCCAUUCCAGUGUCGUUAGCACCAAUCCUCAACAAUCCGCAGGCCGGGUACGCAAGCUACCCUAAUCCGUCUCAGGCUCCAACACAGACUGCUGGACCGUCUAUGGCCGACUACUCUAUGAUGGCUUUUUCACCGAAUCACUACUACGACAGCACUGGCCCUGUGUCAUGGCCACUCAUCACGAUGCCGCCUGGACAGCAAUAA